GCAGCAAUUGAUUACGAAUGCAGCAUUUUUGCCAAAAAUUUGAAAAAGUUUAUUGACAAUUCUAUUUCAUACAAUCUAUGGAACCUUUUAUAUGAGGGUACGGAAAAGAAGUGGAAUAACAAUAUCAAGAUAUUGAAUAUCAAGCAGAAUCUUAAGAGAUAUUUGGAAAUAUCUGAUGAGAUCGUACUAAAAGAUUAA